ACACCCCCUCCUCAUCAAAGAAGCUGAUAAAUUACGGACAAUAACAACAAAAACAUUCCUUCUCUGCCGCCACUGCCCCUAAGUUCAAGUGGAUGGUGCUGCCUACAGGCUGCUGAACAGAAUGUCCGCAGACGACCGGCACCUGGUCUCCAGCUGCGGCUCCUUCAUCAAGACCGAGCCGUCCAGCCCGUCCUCGGGCAUCGAUGCCCUCAGCCACCACAGCCCCAGCGGCUCGUCCGACGCCAGCGGCGGCUUCGGCCUGGCCCUGGGCGCCCACGCCAACGGUCUGGACUCGCCGCCCAUGUUCGCGGGCGCCGGGCUGGGAGGCACCCCCUGCCGCAAGGGCUACGAGGACUGUGCCAGCGGCAUCAUGGAGGACUCGGCCAUCAAGUGCGAGUACAUGCUCAACGCCAUCCCCAAGCGCCUGUGCCUCGUGUGCGGGGACAUCGCCUCCGGCUACCACUACGGCGUGGCCUCCUGCGAGGCCUGCAAGGCUUUCUUCAAGAGGACCAUCCAAGGUGCGUGGCAGCAGGGUGGGCCCAGGCGGGGUGCGGGCCCUGCAGGGAAACGGGUGAUUCUCGCGAGCUGCCAGCUUGGGUCUGGGAGCCACUGGAGCCGAGGUUCUGGAGGCUCCCUUCUCUGUCUCCCAGGUUUUCUCAUUUUGGGAUUCUGGACAAGGGUUCUAAGUCCCAGGCUUUUGUUGAAAUGGCAUGCACCCCCAUACAGCGCCCCAGAAGGCCCAAAGAAAAUCCACACAAAUGCCUUAGCACAGGUGUCUCUCUCACUAGGAUGGGGAACGCUGUCAGAUGUGUGUCCCUAAAAAGCUGAUUUUUUGGAGAAAAAGCCCUCUAUGCCCUGCAACUCCAGACCUCUUGAAAUGUAAUGGGUCUCUCCUUUUGUUUUUAUCUUUUUUAAUUGCACAAGUGGAAUGUGACUAUUUUCUUCAUCGUGAAACAGUCAGGGCCACAGAGCAAGGGAAAUCUCCCCCUGACUACUCAUCCUGUCCCAUCCCCGUGGGGCCGCUCUUUGAGGGCAUGUGCAUAUGAGCUGAGUCAUGUUCCAAUGGCCAUGAGGUGGUUGUCUCUCUCAGGGGGUACUCAGUCUGAUGAAGUCAGUCCUGUGCAAAUUGGGGAUAACAGUGGGUCCGCCCUCACAGGGCUGUUAUGAAGGUCAUGGCACAGGGCCCAGCGCAGAGGAAUGGCUGGGCAUGCUAGCCAAGAUUCUUUCUACAGUAGGUCAUGGGUGGAGCUCUUGCUUCAUGCGUUCCCUACCAUCGAGUAUCUGUGAGCUCCUACUAAGUGCCAGCCUGAUGCUAGGAUAGACCAAAAGCCCUGCUUGUGGAGGUCACUGAGAUGAGCAGAUGCCGACCCCUGGGGACAGAAGCUACAAACCAGACUGGAGAAAACCCAGGGGUGCCAAUCCUGUCCCUGUCCUGCCUGGCGGUUCGAGGGUGUCCUCCCUUCCGCCACUCCCCUAUUUCACUUUUGGAAGAGGCAGGCUGAGCUUCCCGGGGAUGAUUCUUGGCCUGUUCAUUCAACGAAUAUUUGUUUAAAUUUCUUGUGACGAGUUAUUUAUUAAACUAACUGAGGGCACUAGGAUUGGCUAUGUUUCCAGUUCUCUGUAUUAGUUGAGAUGGUAUGGUGUCCUGGCCAACCGCCAGGCAGGCUCCUGGGUCACACAGCUCCAUCCCUUACCUUACAGCUCAGUGCCUUUGGGGCCCGCCUCAGUUUCUCUCUCUGCUUCAGUUUGCUCUUGGGCGAGGUGCGAUGAUGUCAUGCCUACCUCGCAUAGAGCUGUUAAAACUGGUUUAAGUGCAGUAAUAGCUAUAAAGCACUCAUACUAUUGCCUGGCACUUAGUAAGCGCUAAAUAAAUGUUUGCAAUUAUUAUUUUCACUUUCACAAUAUCACUUAGGACAUAUUAUUAAGACAACAGACAAAAUUUGUUUUAUCUUCCAGAGCAGGCCUUUGUAAUUAACAUACAUUUAAAUGAAACAGUACAAUCACUAUUUUGACUUAACAGGAUUUAAACUAUUUUACCUAUUUUAGCUCUAGAUAAAUUUAUUCAUUAAUUGAACCCUUUAAAAAAAUAUAAACAUGGUAAAAAUUCAAACAGUACAAAGGAAUAAGACAGUAAAAAGUAAGUUUUCCUGAAACCCUAGGCCCCAGUUCCCUACACCUUUCCCCAAAGGAGUCAUGAUACCAACUUCUCUCAGCAAAUAUCGAUUGAGCACUUUUGUAUCAGGCACCGUGCUAGCCUUCAGCACAGUGAAUGGAUGCAUCCUGGUCCCUGCCAGCUUCACAUUCCCCAGUCUGGGAGGAGGCCCUGGAAUCUCUAAAUGUCAAAAGCACUGCAUUAAUUCUCAGUAUCCUGCCUCAAUCAGGGUUGAAAACCUCCAGUCCAAUGUCCAAUCAGUAUCAUUGGAUAUUUGACAAAUAAACAUGAGAUGUUUAAACCAAUUUAAGCUACUGAAAUAACAGUGUUUUUCUUUCCAAAUUGGGAAGUAAUCUUGGUAAGAUUGCCACUAUUUUAGACUCUUGGAGGGCGGUUUUUGAAAAAUUGCUUUUUAAGAGACAGUUACAUUUUCUUCUGUCCAUAUUCUUAAAUGUGCUGGAGAGUUCUGGAUUAAAUUUUCUGAAAGCAGAGCCUGGUGUAGACUCAGAAACCUUACUACACCCUCAACAGCAGCCUGGGUGCUGACAACAUCCUCUGCAAGUCAAGAGCCCACAGGAAGGGACUUCCCUGGUGGCACAGUAGUUACGAAUCCACCUGCCAAUGCAGGGGACACGGGUUUGAGCCCUGGUCCGGGAAGAUCCCACAUGCCGUGGAGCAACUAAGCCCGUGCGCCACAGCUACUGAGCCAGCACUCUAGAGCCUGCGAGCCACAACUACUGAGCCCACGUGCCACAACUACUGAAGCCCGCGUGCCUAGAGCCCGUGCUCCGCAACGAGAGAAGCCACCGCAAGGAGACGCCCGGGCACUGCAGCAAAGAUCCAAUACAGCCAAAAAAAAUUUUUUAAUACAUAAAGAGCCCAGAGGAAGGAUUUGUAAAUAGUCUUAGUUAUUUACUACCACGUAAAGGAUAAAGAUCUCUUCCUAGAAGUCCAAAGACAAACAGCAGCCUUUAUUGCGAUCAGAACUGAACUACUCUGUCUCUUUUCUUUGUCACAAGAAGAGUUAACUCAUUUCCAACCAGAAAGGUUUCUAUCUGAAACAGGGACAAGUGAACUCUAAGGCUGAUGGAUUGCUCUGGUUAUUUUAUCAAUUCUUUGGUUUUGUUCUAACAAAGAUUUUGAUUUUGUUGUUUCUGAGCAUAAUAGUUGUAGGAAAUUUGGAAAA